AUUGCACCCAAAUCCUGAGUUUGCUUCUAUUGCUGGCUAGCUAGCUUCUUAUUUUCCUUCUAAAUUCCCCCUUCUUGGUAUAUAUGCACUGGUUUUCAUAGGAAAGAUCACAAAGCCUUUAGCUUAUACGCCUUUGCCAACAUAUAGAGAAUACUCAUAUAUAUCAAGUUUAAGAUCAACCAGACGCCAACAUACAGAUGGAGAGGACAACCGGAAAGGUGAUCACUUGCAAAGCUGCUGUUGUUUGGGGUCCUGAGGAGCCUUUUGUGAUGGAACAAGUUCAAGUUGACCCGCCGCAGAAACUGGAGGUCCGAGUCAAGAUCCUCUUCACCUCAAUCUGUCACACUGAUCUUAGUGCUUGGAAAGGAGAGAAUGAAGCUCAACGAGCGUUUCCUCGAAUUCUAGGUCAUGAAGCAGCCGGAAUUGUUGAGAGCGUUGGUGAAGGUGUGACAGACAUGAAAGAAGGGGAUCAUGUGAUCCCUAUUUUCAACGGAGAGUGCGGUUACUGCAUCUGCUGCAGGCAUCAGAAAACUAACAUUUGCAACAACUUUGGAGUAAACCCAAUGAAGAGGGUGAUGAACAGCGACGGUAAAACAAGGUUCUCAAUAAUAACAAAGGAGGGUGACAAAAAACCCAUAUAUCAUUUUCUUAACACUUCAACCUUCAGCGAGUACACAGUUCUUGAGUCCGCUUGUGUUGUCAAGAUUGACUCGGAAGCUCCCCUCAAGAAGAUGACGUUGCUCAGUUGCGGUGCUUCAACUGGAGUUGGUGCUGCAUGGAAUACUGCUGAUGUUCAACCUGGCUCAACAGUCGCCAUUUUUGGUUUAGGUGCCAUUGGACUUGCCGUUGCUGAAGGAGCCAAAGCUAGAGGAGCAUCUACAAUAAUUGGUGUUGACAUGAACCCUAAUAAAUUCAUCAAAGGCCAAGCAAUGGGAGUCACAGAUUUCAUAGACACCCGCGACCCAGGAAAGCCUUUGCAUGAGAGAAUCAGGGAAAUAACAAAAGGAGGUGUGGACUAUAGCUUUGAGUGUGUAGGAAACUCCGAUGUUCUCCGGGAAGCCUUUCUUUCCACACAUGAGGGAUGGGGGUGUACUGUGAUAUUGGGAAUUCAUGCAACACCAAAAAUGCUUCCCCUCCAUCCAAUGGAGUUGUUUCAUGGUCGAGGAAUUAUUGGAUCUGUAUUUGGAGGCUUCAAAGGGAAGAGCCAACUCCCCCGUUUUGCCAAAGAAUGCAUGCAAGGGGUGGUCGAUUUAGACGAGUUCAUAACACAUGAGCUUCCCUUUGAGAAGAUAAAUGAUGCGUUUAAGUUGCUCGUUGAAGGCCAGUCACUGAGAUGCGUUCUACACCUGUGAGCCUCAGUUUCACUUUCGCAGUUUCAUGGUCGACCCUGAUUGCCUGAUUGCAUAUGCUGGUGUUUAUGGAUCAUGCACUUCAGUUUGGUUAAGUUGGGCGUGAAUUGACUCAAAGGUUUCUCACCUUUGUGUUGAAGUUCAAACAUAUAAUAUUGUAAUUGUGAUGAUGUACUUUCUUUUAACGAAUCGUUCUGAUGUAUAAAUUGAUUGUAUAGCACUUGGCUUGCACGACACGACUAUUUACUUAUUUAGUCGUUCUAUCUAAAUAAGAAGCAAAGGAA